AUGGUAUCAGUGAUCCAGCAACUGAAUGAGAUAUUGGAGAGAGGGCAAUACAUUGGAGAAAUUGAAGAAAAUGAUUUCAAAGAUCAGCUUCAAGGUGCUUUUCACAACAAGCUUGGUCAUUAUUACCAACUGUACCUUUUUGCAAUCACCUAUGUCCACACAACACAGGAGAUGCACUGGACAGUCCCACUCUUGAGGUUCUUCUCUGCCUUUGCUGAGGAGAGAUCCAAAAUCCGAUUUAUUUCGUCGAGGAAAAUGGUGCUCUACGGAAUUAGAAAUACAGCGUUCGAUAUUCCGCGCCGGCGCGGAAUAAUUGAAUACAUGUCCGAUGUUUUGCAAAACGUUGAGUCUCUUACCACCCAUUAUCCCGGACACGAAUCCUUCUACGACCCUGGGGCGUAUAGGCGAAUACAUACUCUCAGGUUAAAAGGUGGUGUAUUUGAAGGCAUGACUGGAGAGCCCAGGGCCGUUCUCGCCGUUUUUCGCAUAAUUUUAGCUGCUGAACUUUUUGUGCGAAUAAACCCCGGGGAGAAUGAUGACUUACUGAAAGACCUCAUAAAAGCGUGGUGGUGGAACGAAGGAGAGUUCGGGGAAAACUAUCCACUUUAUCUGGGGAAGUACUCAAUUGCGAAUUCAUUACAUUACCCCGGGGUUUUUGGAAAGCUACUGGACAACCUGGGACAUCUCCAUGCUGACAAAAAGGGUCGUUCUCGUGAAGAUCCACGAUUGAUUUUGUAA